UGAGAACACGCACUCUCUCUCUCUCUCUCUCUCUCUCUCUUCAUCAUCCCCAUCUCCCUCGCCGUGGCGAGAAAAGGGCACGCCCAUGCCCGGAAAAAGGUGAGACCACUCCCCGACCGUUGCCCGCAACGGUCACCUUUUUUGAAAUCAAAGAGGGAAAAAAAGGGUAAAAGGAGCCAAAAGCAAUGAGGGGUUAAGAUAAUCCCCUACCCACACAAACCCUAUACUUUUUCUACCCCUGCCCCUUCUUUGUUCCUCUUCUUCCUCUUCUCAUGGAACAAGGAGAUCCAGAGGAGAACCACCCCUCCUCCUCCUCCUCCUCCCCCUCCCCCACCAUCAUUUUACCCCCCAAGGAAAAAGGCGAGGAGGAGGAGGAGAGAGAGAUCAAGUUCUCUUCUAGGGUGGUUUCGCUGCUAUUGGGAGAUCUGUCGAGCCCCGGACAGGCGUUCGAGAAAUGGCUGGCGCUGGUUCGUAAGCGGAGUGCGAGGUUUCGGCCUUCGGGGUUUCCGCGUCGGAAUUCGAGGACGGAGUCGAUGCCGAGCGGGUGCCUCUCCCCGCUUAGCCACCAUGAUCAGAGUGGUAGGAGAACAGAUGCAAGUGAGAUUGGUGGCGAUGUUGUUAAUACGCCAGAAUGUGACCAGCCGCCAGAGAUGAGUUUAUGGGACAGGCUGGGAAAGGCUGCUAUGUUGGACAUUGAAUCGAGCGACUUCUCCUGGGAUUUGUUAUCGUCUCUUCAUCACACAGAACACAAUAGCAGCACCGAGCAUUCUGAAGAUGAAAUGAGCAAAGUUCUAGAGGUGACAGUAAAUUCUGGUGGAGUUGUUUUCUUUGCUUUGUUCAAUUCUCCAGUUAAUGAUGAACAAUUGCCAAACGAAGCAGCUGCUGUUAUAAAAGUUACAUCGUCAAGGAUGGCCACACAAUCUGAACGUUUGGGUUAUGAGUUGGCAAAAUGGCUCGGACUGCAUACUCCUCAAGCUAGAGUAAUUCAUAAUUCUAGUUCCGAAUGGCAAUGGAUAAAAGAUGCCACUGAGAAGGCACGAGAAGCGGCAGGUUCAAACAGAGAUGAAGCAGGUGAAAUGACUUGUUCGGAGUUGCUGGAAGCUCUUGAGUUGAGCCGAUGCCUUUUCCUAAUGAACUAUGUUCACGGCUCACCUUUACUCGAGAGCUCGCAUGCAUUUGAUUUUCCAGAAGCCGCCAAAAUUACUGCUUUCGCCCUUGGAAGGGUCUUGAUGUUGGACCUUAUACUUCGGAAUGAGGAUCGGCUCCCCUGCCGCCAGCUUGGCUGGCGCGGUAAUACUGCAAAUCUCAUGAUUGCUGAUCGAUCAGCAUCCGCAAACAUGAAUGCUUUGGAAGAAGCCAACAAUCAUUCUAGAGGCUUUAAUCCAAUUUUAUCUAGUGUUUUUCAGAAAGAUAGAAGAUCAAACUCGGCACAUAGUCGAUUAGGUUUGGUCAAAUCCGAAAUAUUGUCUCAAAACUCGGAUUCAUUUAGAAAAGGACGAGUUACUUAUGAAGUGAAAAAUGACAAAUUUCAUAUUGUGGCCAUUGAUUCUGGUGUUCCUCGCCGACCACCAGCCGGAAAGCGUGCACAAGACCAAGAGCGAUACCCAAAAUUAGUCGAGCUCAUAUUGAACAAUGCAGACUAUUCCUCCAAUUUAUUAUAUGAAAUAUCCGGUGGUAAACUAGGGUUUCCUGGACCAGAAGAGGUAAUUCCUGCGAUCGAUUCAUGUACCUCUCUCUCUGAGGCCGACAUGGCUGCUGCUGUUCAUGAAUUUCGAGGCGGAUUUCGCGCCGCCCUCAGGAACUUGCAAGGAUUCCAUCUUUUCCUUCUCACACUAUACCAAAAGUUGGAUGGCCUUCUACGAGUUUUUCUUUCCAUUAUUAACAAAAGCUCCGGAGAAUCUGAGAAAGAUGAUUUUGGGACUUCAGAUUCAUCGUCGAUACAUUCAACUGGAUUUGGGUUCUCUUCUCCCCCUACAUCUAAGCAACAGAUGGGUAGUGAACCGUCUAGUGAUGCCGAAAUGCACCAGAAAUUUACUCCAAAGUCUACGUCGUCUUCUGGAUCACGUGGAAGCUCGGAUUCGGUUUCUCCUCUUUAUAGGGACAAUUGGCACGGUCGAUAUUUUAAAGGGAGUGGAGAACCGCCUCGCAGUCUUAGAUUGACAAUGAAGCUGCGGGACUUUAAUAAGUUUUACAAGGCAGACACCGAGUUGAGCAAAGAAAUCGAUCAGUGGAACGAACUGCUUAGGACGGAUGUGGUCAAAUUGUGCCAAGAUAACAAUUUUAAUACGGGAUUCUUCGAGGGAAGUGAUAACAACAUUGUUGUAGAUGCCUAUGAGCUUAAGGUGAGACUCGAGCAUAUUCUUGAGAGGAUAGCUUUAAUCUCUGACGCUGCGAAUACCGAACGGCCAUCUCUGGUUACAGGUAACUUGUUUAUUGGUGGAGCACUCGCUGCGAGGUCUAUGUACACCCUUCAACACUUGGGUAUAACUCAUAUAUUGUGCUUAUGUUCAAAUGAGAUUGGGCAAUCGGAUUCUCAGUAUCUCGACGUUUUCGAGUACAAGAAUUUUUCAAUAAGCGAUGAUGAGGAUGCCGACAUCAGUGAUCUCUUUGAGGAAGCUUCAGAUUUUAUCGACAAUGUUGAGAAAUCUGGCGGGAAAGUACUGGUCCAUUGUUUCGAAGGGAAAAGCCGAAGCGCCACUGUCGUGCUUGCUUAUUUAAUGCUGAGAAAGGGCUACACUCUCUCCGAAGCAUGGAACAUGCUGAAGAAGGUCCACCGCCGAGCUCAACCCAACGACGGGUUUGCCAAAGUACUUUUGGAACUCGACAAGCGGCUUCACGGGAAAGCUUCCAUGCAUUGGCAGCACAGGAGGCCGGCGAUGAAAGUCUGCCCAAUAUGCGGAGAGAACGCGGGGCUGAGCACGAGCUCAUUAAAGCUCCAUCUCCAAAAGUCGCACAAGAGGCUUUCGUCGGGAAGCGUAGAUAGUGCCAUGACUAUGGAGAUUCAGAAGGCUCUCGAAAUGCUUGAAAUAAGCCGCGGCGGGAGCGUCAGCCCGACUCAAAAGAUUCCGCAGUCGUUGAAUGAUCGGCUUUCUCGCAGAUGAUGAUGAUAUUCCACAUUUCCUGUGAAUUAGCUAUGGUUGGUUAAUUGGAAGUACAUGUAUCUGUAGAGCGAGAAAAUGUCCCCAAUUUCAUAAGAUAACCAAAUAACCGUUUAGAAGUACAUGUAUUUGUUCUUUCC